AUGACUUCAUAUUGGUCCUUGAGAAAUUCCUCUUCCUUUGCUCCUGUCCACUGCUACGACUUAAUCUGCCAUCUCCUGGACCCAUUGGUAAAGCCUUGUAGUAAGCAACCUUACUGUUACUACACAUACAGCUAUGGCAAUGGAUCCUUCACUAAGGGCGAGUUUUUGACCGAGACGCUCACCUUUGGGAACACCAAGGUGUCUAAAGUACCCCUCGGCUGCGGCUAUAAAAACAGUGGCACAUUCAGCUCUGCCGACGUUCAGCUUGGCCUCGGCCGUGGGAGACUGUCCUUUUUCAACCAGGUCGGCAUAAACAACUUCUCCUACUGCCUCAUGGACCGCUACAACUGCUCCAAACAUUCCUACUUGACAUUCGGCGACUCAGUGGUCUUCAAUAACACGAUUUUCACGCCGCUGCAGACGGAUCCCACGUAUUACAUCGUCGAGUUGAUAGGGAUCUCGGUCGGCGGAGAGCGGGUGUCGGGAAUCACACCGUCACUGUUCGACAGGGGAAUGAUUGUGGACUCAGGCACGACUCUGACCUAUCUGCCCCAGCUCGCUUACGACGCGCUCAAGGACACUUUUUUAGAUGCCGGGGCUUCCAACCUGACGCGGGCCAAGAGUGUAUCCGUCCUUGACACCUGCUUCUAUCUGCCCAAAAACAUGACGGACGUGAAGGUGCCAACGGUGGUGCUGCACUUCAAAGAUGCCGAUGUGUCCCUGCCGGCGUCGAAUUACCUGAUUCCAGCGGACAACAAGGGCACAUUCUGCUUUGCGUUUACGAACACGACGGACUGGCCGUUCAUAAUUGGUAAUAUUCUGCAGCAGGGCUUUCGGGUCGUCUACGACUUGGCACAUAACCAGAUCGGCUUCGCACCCAAUAGUUGUUGA